AUGGCUCGUGGAGACGGACAUCUAUGGACGGAAACAUAUGAUAGUUCCACGGUUGCUUUCAUGAUCCUAGGUGCUGCCCUGGUUUUCUUUAUGGUGCCAGGACUAGGAUUUCUUUAUUCCGGCCUGGCAAGAAGAAAAUCCGCACUGGCCUUGAUUUGGGUGGUCAUAAUGGCUACUUUAGUCGGCAUACUACAAUGGUAUUUUUGGGGUUAUUCAUUGGCGUUCUCCAAGACUGCUCCGAAUAAUAAAUUCAUCGGAAAUUUGGAUUCAUUCGGGUUUAGAAACGUUUAUGGUAAGACGUCAGAGGAUUCUACAUAUCCUGAAUUGAUUUAUGCCAUUUUUCAAAUGAUGUUCAUGUGCGUGGCAUUGAGCAUUAUAGCCGGUGCAACUGCAGAAAGAGGUAAGCUUUUCCCGCACAUGGUUUUCCUUUUCGUUUUUGCCACUUUGGUUUACUGCCCCAUUACCUAUUGGAUUUGGGCCCCCGGUGGGUGGGCUUUCCAAUGGGGGGUUUUGGACUGGGCUGGUGGUGGAAACAUUGAAAUUCUAAGUGCUGUGGCUGGUUUUGUUUAUUCUUAUUUCCUAGGGAGAAGAAAAGAAAAUCUCUUAAUCAACUUUAGACCGCAUAAUGUGUCCAUGGUCACUUUGGGUACUUGUAUCCUUUGGUUCGGUUGGUUGCUUUUCAAUGCAGCAAGUUCAUUGUCUCCAAAUAUGAGAUCAGUCUAUGCCUUUUUGAAUACGAAUAUUAGUGCCACCACGGGUGGGAUGACCUGGUGUUUAUUGGAUUAUCGUUCUGAAAAGAAGUGGUCCACUGUUGGGUUAUGUUCAGGUAUCAUUUGUGGUUUGGUUGCGGCCACUCCGAGCUCCGGCUGUAUUACUCUCUAUGGUUCCUUGAUCCAAGGUAUAAUAGCGGGUAUUGUUUGUAAUUUUGCCACAAAGAUAAAGUACUACUUAAAAGUGGAUGAUUCGUUGGAUUUAUUGGCAGAACACGGCAUUGCUGGCGUAGUAGGAUUGAUUUUUAACGCCUUAUUUGCUGCAGAUUGGGUAAUUGGGAUGGAUGGUACGACUAAGCACAAAGGGGGGUGGUUAACGCAUAACUGGAAACAAAUGUACAUUCAAAUCGCUUAUAUCGGAGCAUCGGCCGGUUAUUGUGCUGUUGUUACAGCGCUCAUUUGCUACGUAUUAGGUAAAAUUCCCGGUGUCCAUCUGAGAGUCACGGAGGAAGCUGAAGCUUUAGGAUUGGACGAAGACCAAAUUGGUGAAUUCGCCUACGAUUACGUGGAAGUUAGAAGAGAUUAUUACCAAUGGGGGGUAGACACCGAUGCCCUACAUACCACAUGCAACGGCGCUAAUUCUGCAUGUGAAACAAAUUCCACUGAGGACAGUCAAAACUCAUCGCUAUCUUCAGUCACAGUCAAUGGCCAAAACGAGAAAACUAACCAUCCUGACUUACGACAUUCAAAAAAAGCAUAA